AUGCACUAUUAUGGAGAGCGGUACAAACAGCUGUACCUGCCGGGAUCAGGCUACAGCACCGAAAGCCUCCAGCAGUGCGUGCCCCAGCCCGAUGGGUGCAGCACCACGUGCCACCCGGUCAGCAUCAUCAAGAGCCCAAUGCCAACGUGGCAAAACUACAUGCAACCUUUCACUUACGUGUGCCCACAGCCGAGUGUGACCCAGGCGCCGCUGCUGGCGUGUCAGCCCUAUGUGCAGCAGCGUGUCCUGCUGUACCCCGAGUCCUGUGAGACCGCUUGCCUUCUGCCCUGCAGGAAGCCCAGCCUGAAGCUGAGCCCUAUGCAGGAUUUCCAGCCCUGCCAGCCCAGCCGCCUCGAGAAGAAACGCGUGGCCAAGAGCCUCCCACCGUGCGCGCCCAGGUGCCCGGAGCCGGGCAAACUCAGGUUCCCACCAUGUGGGAUCAAGUACUCGUCCUCGUGCAAGGAUGAAUGCAGGUCACACAGGAUCGCCAAGUGCUCAUCGCAGCGGUGCGGCGCGGAGCUGCGGUCCUCGCAGGGGAUGAAUGGCAGAUACUCUGCCCCACUGCAGGGUGUCACCGAGUGUCCCCCCCAGCAGUGUGUAACACAGUCUUUCCUGCAAGAAUACGUGGGGACGUUCCCCCAUCAGAGGUGCAUGAAGGGCUACCCAACGCAGGAGUACUGCGAAACCAAGUGCCCGCCGCAGCCACGGGUGCCCAAGUGCCCCCCUGGGCAGGGAGUCAAGGAGUGCUCCUUGGAGCAACGCACAGUAAAAUACUCGCUGCCGCAGAAGGGAGCCAAGCUCAAGAGUGCAUCGACGCAGCACCUAAGCAAGUCCAAGUGCCUGUACCCGUGUGCCACCCAGUGCUCAUCACAGGUUCACCAUUUCUCCCAGAUGUCCUUCGGUGGGGAUGCAGGACGGUGUUUCUACCCAUGCGAUGUGCGAUGCUCAGAGCCUUUUGCUACCAGCUGCAAUGAGCCGUGUGUUGUGUCCUGCGGCGCCUCCAGAGUCAUUAUAUACCCCCCUCCUGUUGUCGUGACCUUCCCCGGGCCCAUCCUCACCACGUGCCCGCAGGAGACGGUGGUGGGAAGCUCUGAAGUCCUGGAGGGAAGCUCACCAGCCCCACCGACCUCUUUGAGAGCAGAAAUCCUGCGCCCAGAGCCACCUGCAGAGAGAUUUGCCCCCAAAUAUGUGCCUGAGUGUGCACCGCGGAGCUCCUAUGUGUUUGCUUCCCGCUGGAUGCACCCUUGCAGUAGACCUGGCUACAGACGCUCCGAAACAUCCGAGAGCGAGAGGGAAGAGCAUGCACCAGAGGAGGAGAUGCCAAAAGCUGAAGAUACGGCUACAGAAAAUGAGGAUGAAGAGACCUCAGAAGAGUAA